AUGUACAGAGGACUCCUGAGGCUCCUCGGCUUUGCUGCUUUUGUUCUCUGCGCCCACUGCCAGUGCCACGCCGGCUGGAGGGAGCAUCACGACAGAUGUUACUUCUUCUCGGCCGACACCAAGUCCUGGCUGGACGCCAACGCGUACUGCCUGAGUCAGAGAAGCCACCUGAUGAGCAUCGAUAGCAUCGAGGAGAGAUUGUGGGUGCGGACGCAGAUCGACUCAGAGAUCUACUGGAUCGGCUUGAACGACCGCGUAGUGGAAGGGGUCUGGGAGUGGUCCGAUGGGACUCCUUUCAUAGAGCAACUGUCGUAUUGGAGGCAAGGCCAGCCAGAUAACUGGGAGGACGCAGAGGACUGCGGCCAGCUGGUGGGAGAAAGCUCAGGACACUGGAAUGAUGAAAACUGCGACAUCAAGCGGAAAUUCAUCUGCAAGCACAUUAACUCUAACCCGGCCCCCCAGUGCGACCUGGCCAACGGCUGGUUGUCGUACGGCUCCAGCUGCUACAAGACGAAGUCUGAGACCAGGAAGAGCUGGUCAGCCGCCCGGCGCGACUGCAUCCGGGAGGGGGCAGACCUGGUGUCCGUCACCUCGGAGGAGGAGCACGCCUUCGUGAUGUCAGCCAUGGACGAGACCUACCUGGACCUCUGGAUCGGGCUCUCCACUCUGAAAUGCACCACCAUCUCCUGCCAGGUGGAGGCCGGGAACAGCCAAUUCACCUGGUCGGACGCUCAGCAGGUGUCCUACACCAAGUGGGCCGACGGCCAGCCCUCUUUCGACGCGCAGGUGGGUUCCUGCGCCUCCAUCAUCAAAGACGCCACGGGGUCCUUCGGCACCUGGAGGGCGCACCUGUGCCGAUAUGAGCGUCCUUACAUGUGCAAACGGCCGCUCAACACCAUCUGCCCCCCCGGCUGGCCCGGCUGGCAGAGCUUCGCCGGCAGCUGCUACUGGAUGGUCAGUAACGUCAACCUGCUGACCACCUGGCACGAGGCCUUCACCAAGUGCUCCGACAUGGGGGCUCACCUGCUCAUCAUCAACAGUCAGGAGGAGCAGUUCUUCAUCAACUCCAAGCUUCCAGACUUCCACAACGCGGACGUCCCCGACCUGUGGAUCGGCCUGUCGGAUAUGGACCAGGACGGGGCCUUCCGGUGGGUGGACAAGAGCGAGGUGACCUUUUCAAACUACGGCGCCGGCUGGCCCAAAAACACGGCCAACAUGUGGGACUGCGGGCAGAUCUUCACGGGGAAUUAUGCCGGGAAAUGGGAAACAACCAACUGCUUCAAGAGCCUGGGUUACAUCUGUGAGAUGACCGGUGGACUGAACCCCAAACCGACCGCCACCCCCGACUCCCACUGCGACCACGGGUACUUGCUGUACGGGGACUUCUGCUACCACUUUGAGACGGAGGCGGUGAGGAGCUGGCAGGAGGCGGAGGCCCGCUGCGUGUCCGAGCAGGGCCACCUGGCCAGCUUCCACUCGCAGGAGGAGCUCAGCUUCCUGACCGCCCACAUGCCGGCGGAGUCCUGGGUGGGUCUGAACGACAUCAGCGCGGAGAACCACUUUGUGUACACCGACGGAACGGCCUCGGACUUCCUCCCGUGGGCCAGCCACCAGCCGGACAACUGGGGGGGCGACGAGGACUGCGUCCACCUGAGCGGGAUGAACCAGGCCGAUCCCGGGAAGCUCCAGGAUGACGCCUGCUCCGCCUCGAAGGAGUACAUCUGCAAAAAAGCAAAGGGACAGGGCCCCCCUCCCCAGCCUCCCACAUCUGGACCAGGCUGGAACGACAAGUGCGGCUCCUGGACGCCGGACCCGUUCAACGACUUCUGCUACCUGUUCAACUCCGUGUCCAUGAGGACGUGGGCGGAGGCCCGGGCCGACUGCGUCAACCAAGGAGGCGACCUGAUCAGCAUCACAGACCCGUUCGAGCAGGCUUUCAUACAAGGAAUGAUCCAGCAGACGCCCACCGGGGUCUCUCUGUGGAUGGGCGGGCACGACUCCGUCACAGAGGGCGGCUGGGAGUGGACGGACGGCUCCCCCUUCCGAUACAUCCGCUGGAACACAGGUAACCCGGACGACUACGAUGGAGAGGACUGCCUUUCAAUACUCAUCAACAACGGCUACUGGAACGACGACAACUGCCAGUACGACAGAGGCUACAUCUGCAAGCGGAGAGGGAAGACCCCCGAGCCGCCCCCCCCCCAUGACGGCUUCUUCACGGCGCUGGUGUGCCAGGACUCCACCGCCGUCCUCCACUGCCCGCACGACAGCGUGGUCAACGUCCAGUCGGCCUUCUACGGACGGAAGAGCGCAGACAUCUGUCCACAGCUGGGCGGGUCCGAAGGCAGCUGCACGGUUGAAGGCAUCCUUCCUCGGUACCGAAAGGCAUGCGACAACCGUCCUUUCUGCUUCGCCUACGCCCACGUGGAGGCCGACCCCUGCCCCGACGUCUCCAAAUAUCUGGAGAUCGUCUACAGCUGCGAGCAGAAAGUGUGCCUCCACGGCCUGGGAGUGGAGGACGGGAACGUCACAGACUUCCAGCUCUCCGCCUCCUCCUCCAUCGGCCUCUUCACUCCCAACAACGCCCGCUUGAAUGGAAACUCCUGCUGGAUGCCUUCAGGAAGCCCGACCUCCAGCUGGAUUCAAGCCAACCUGGGCCAGACCAGGAAAGUGACCGGCGUUGUAAUCCAGGGUUGUCCUCGGAACGAUCACUGGGUCACCAAAUUCAAGAUCCAGCACAGCAUGGAUGGGACAACCUGGACCGACUACACGGCCGACGGGGGGUUUUUCCCAGGCAACUCGGACAGGAGCACCCCCGACAUCCAGCUGCUGGGCACGCCCGUGUCGGCCAGUUUUAUCCGGAUCCUCCCCCAGGAGUUCAGCGGGCAGGCGGGCCUUCGCUUCGACGUCUUGGGCUGCACCCCCGACUGUAAGGCAGCCCCCGUGCCGUGGAACUGA